AUGGCGGCAAAUUUUUAGAAAGAUCCAAAUUUCAGCCACAAAAUGCCGAAAAAAACACAGUCUUUGAAAUUUGAUGAGAAGGCACAGCAGACGAAAUGGGUCAUGAUUACCCCAGAUUCUACCCUUGAAUUUGAUGGUGACAACGACAACAAACCAGUCUUCUGCAAAUUACGGCAUCCAAGAACAGGUUCUGGUGCUAUGUUCAUGUUCACACAUGAUGACCAACUGGUGUACGAGCUCACUAAAUUCGACGAAGGGUUCCGUUCGUGGUUCUUUGGCAAGGCUGUUAUGAGGGAUGGAGGGAUGUACACCGUGACUCCAGUUGACCCAUGCUAUCUACUUCUGCAUUACCUCACAAAAGUUGAUCAGAGUGACAAGUAUAUGACAUUAGAUCAGAUUGUACAUGAUGAAGAAUACUCCGACUGCGAUCGUCUGCUGAAGACAUCUGGCGUACAACAACUCCAUUAUUUGGCAGACGUAAAAGGUAGUGAUGACCUGCAGGUUUACAGAUACAACAAGGAGAGGACCCUUUCCUGGUUAGAAUUAAAGGUUGAGCAAGUCAUAGAAUGUCUCCAGGAGAAGAAGAUCCAUGCAGGGAGUGGAGCACAGACGGAGAACUUCGUGCGGAGUACAAAAAUAAUGGAAAUCUCAAAAGAUGACUACCAACGAUACGCCCAUGGUUUAGUGUCGGACUACCUCGGCGAAAGUUUAGAAUCAUCACUAAAAGAUCACUUAGGCAUAAAAGAGGUCAGUCCUAAAAAGGUCAGAGGGAAAGAGAAUGACAGUGAUGAGUCGGUGGAGCCUCCAAAAAAGAAAGCCAAAGUUGAUAAAGUUGGUGAGCCAACUGAAGACUAUAGCAAAACCGUAUCGAAAUAUUUUGAACCUAAAAAGCCGGCCAAGAUGUCCGCAGCGCAGAAGAGGCUGAGUAAAGUGGACAAGACGGGCAUAAAGAGCAUCACCAGCUUCUUUUCACCAAAACCCAAAUGAACGAUCCUCUUUAUUUCAUGAUUUAUGUUAAUAUGACAUUGCAAUAGUAGCUGCUGCCAGAUCAUGAUUGUCAUCUGUUGAGUCAUCUCUGUCAUAGUCUUAAUAAUACAAAUUGUCCUAAUAGUCAUAAUAGUCGAAAUAUCUAGGCUUAUUUCAAUCAUACCCUAAUCCUUUGCAUUUAUUUUAAGGUGACAAUCCUUACACUGUUAUCUAUAAGAGAAUCUGAGAGGGAAUCAUUUUAUCAGUGACUAAAACUUUGCUGAAACGCUAAUAUGUAAAGAGCAAGCUCUAGUGAACUCACACAACUGUAUGUCCUAGCAGACGAUUUUUAAAUACAUGAUGUCCCACACCCGCACUUCAGCAGUGCCGGUGUGAAUAAAUCUACUUGUGUGAAUGGUCAAUGGCUCAUGACGUCAUGAAAUAAUUGCGUCAUGAGGAAGGAAACAAUGGGAUUCACGUCCGACGUCGUAACUGUGGGUGCGGCGCGUCAUGAAUGCAGGAUCGGCCAACGCGCGGCCCGUAUGGAAUGCGACAAACUGUACCGGAACCAGAAUUGGCAUGGGUCUGCACAAAUUUUUUCAGAUUCGAUGGACAUGAUGGAUAUAUGCAUUUUGUUUACACUUCACAUACAGUGUAUACGUAACCAUUACACUCACUACGUUGUGUGAGUUAAACAUUGUCCGAAUAGUCAUAAUAGUCUAAAUAGUCGAAAUAUCUGGGCUUACUUCAAUCAUACCCUAAUCCUUUGCAUUUAUUUGAAGGUGACAAUACUUACACUGUUGACUAAGAGAAUCCGAGAGGGAAUCAUUUCAUCAGUGACUAAAACUUUGCUGAAACGCUAUAAAUGGUAAUAAAUGGCUAUGCUAAGCCUAAUUAUAACCACCUGAGAAUCAAUGAUAAGUAGAACCAGGAAUAAGAAAUAGGUAGCCAACUUCAACUUGGUGCCAUCAAAACAAGGUUGUGCAAUGUUGACACUUUCUGCCCAUAGGUGGCAUGACAAUUUGGAACAUGGCAACAUGGUCAAUAUACCCUAAGCUGAAAAGUUCUCGUCUGGCAUUUAGUCUACUGAGCCAUGAUUCCCCUGCUUAAAUCGUUAAUGGAUUAUAUUUUGGGGUUUAAUCGGUCAAGUAGAUGUAGGCCUAUUUGACAAUCAUACAAUUGCGAUUUAAUAGUACAUGUACUACAGCUAUCGAUGUAGACCACUGCUGAGUUCUUGACCUUGGGGAAUGUUUCCUGGCUAUACCUCAUGAAUCGCUCGAGGUUUGGGUGUACAUGUAUUUCUGAAGUGACCAUCACCGUAAUUUGGCCAACUUCAAGUUCUUAAAAGCUUAUUUCUAACAUUUUGGGCAAUAGUAUUGAAUAGAAACUACUGUAUAAGUUUACAUUCUCAACUCCAAAUCUAUUCAUCUGAGGGAGAUGAAGCAAUGGUCUUGUGAGAACUUUGAUUUCAAUCAAUCGAGUUUUCUGCAUUUACCAAAGUUUUAUUGUUUGAUUGUCUCAGUUCUUAUACUAAUGGUAAAUAGUAUGUAUACCAUACUAUAGUUGCAUGUGCAUUUAUCAAUUUUUGAAA